AUGUACCGGGCCUUUCUGGCGGCCAGCUACCACUACUACCACUACUACCACUACUACCACUACUACCACUACUACCACUACUACCACUACUACCACUACUACCACUACUACCACUACUACCACUACUACCACUACUACCACUACUACCACUACUACCACUACUACCACUACGACCACUACGACCACUACGACCACUACGACCACUACGACCACUACGACCACUACGACCACUACGACCACUACGACCACUACGACCACUACGACCACUACGACCACUACGACCACUACGACCACUACGACCACUACGACCACUACGACCACUACGACCACUACUACCACUACUACCACUACUACCACUACUUUCGUUGGAUGGAGUGGCGUUCAGGGUAUCAUUUACUGAUGGAUUUUAAAGAUGGAAACCAGUACCUAACUGUUAUGCAGCGUAUGCAGCUUUCGAUAGGCUAUGGCCGUACAGUAGGCUACGGGGAAAGUUCACCAGCAGUCCAAAACGAAGCGGUCUCCAUAAAUGAACCAUGCCCAUCACGUGAUAUGAAGGCCCCUUCAGUCUAA